AUGGCCAGCAAGCGGCCCAGGCGCAAUGUGACAACUAGAAUCUCCCAUCUCGAAGGACCGAAGGAAGGCGUCGAAGGCUUCUCUUUCAGUCAGCUGAAAGAGAUGAAACAUGGUGUUCUGCUGCAGAAGUUCUCGCGACUUGAGAACAGCACGAAAAAACUUUCCUGUUGCUUUCCAACUUCUUGCAAAUGCCCUUUCGAAACUACCCAUUCAGAGUGGAACUCGCUCCUCUCACAUCUUUUGCAGCAUCGUCAAGAAUGCCUUCGACGAGGAAAGAAAAACCCCCGAUUCUUCGAGACGAUGACUUUCCACUCUGUCCCAAAGAAAGAGCAGCCGCCGUUCAGCUAUUUCGACGAAGACGGCACUGCCAAGUCGAGAACUCAGAACGCAGAGAGCGAGGAGGACCAUCUUGCACUCUUUCUUGCCGCGCUCAAUCUCCGUCGUAGCGAUCCAACCAAACCUGCAAAGAUAUUAAAUAAUACCAGCCACAACUUCAAGUAA